CUCGUGCAAGUCAAGGAAUACAUUCGACAUCAUCUCAUACAAGCAAAAGAAUGGCCUCAUUGAUGAAUAGAGCUAGGAUGGAGGUAAAUGCAGCAAAUCCUAUGGAUGGUCAUAGCAGCAUAUGCACUAUCUUCAAGAUCCCCAAGCACAUCCGACAGUUGGAUGAUAAAGCCUACGAUCCGGUUGUUGCUUCCUUUGGACCUUUUAACAAUGCCAGCCCAUAUUCGACAUCUGUCACGCAAGACAACAAAUGGCAGUGUGUCCGGCACCUUCUAUCACGCCAUGGAAGUUCAGAGCGCGCAAAUGAAUUAUUGGAAAUUUGCUUGAAGGAGUUGGUGGGACUGGAUAAGAGGGUCCGGAGCUGCUACUCUGGACAAAUCCCGUUGGAUGCCGAAGCAUUGGCAUUGAUCAUGUUGCUUGAUGGGUGCUUCAUCAUUUAUCUCAUGCUAAAAAGGAAGGAAUCAUUAGAGAAGAGGAAAAAGGAGAACAGGACGGGGGAGAAGACAAAGGAAAAGGUGGAGGAUCGUGGGAUUGGGGAAGGGGAAGUGGUUUUAAAUAUCCAGGAGGAGGAGGGACUACUUGAUGGCCCAACUAUGGUAGGGCUAUCCACUUUUUAUUUAGCAGUUUAUGAUCUGCUAAAGCUUGAGAACCAAAUUCCUUUCUUCGUCAUCGAAUUGCUACUCGAUUGGCUGAAAACAAUAGAGGAUGGAAAUAUAGAUCUUGUCGAUCUUGCCCUCCAACUCUUCAAAGACAUCCAUCCCAAUGAAUCCAGAUCAUUUGUGAAAAAGUCCCCUGGUGAGUACCAUCAUCUACUCCAUCUAUUUUAUUUAUCGCGGAUCCUUUCAGAAAUGCCAGCAAAGUCUACCUCGGCACGAGGGUGUAUGCAUAUUCCACACGUGUAUCCCAAGUGGAAGACAACAGAAGCUGCUCCAAUACGAAGGGCUUGGGCAUCUGCUCCUAGGUGGACUCCUAAUGCGACGGAGCUCGAUAGGGCUGGGGUAAAGUUCAAGAGGAAGGAACCGGUAGAUAGUUUCUUGAACAUAACAUUCGAAUGGAGGAAGAAGAUGGAAAUGACACCAGUGUUAGGCCUCUUGAAAUCAUUUUUAAUGUUUAAGAGUGGACGGAUGGAGAUACCAUCGCUACAGAUCUAUGACUAUACCGGUCCUCUCUUCCAAAACCUCAUAGCUUUUGAGCAAUGCUAUUUUCGCACUGAGAUGUACAUCACGAUAUACACACUCUUUAUGGAUUGCAUCAUCGACCAGGCUGAGGAUGUGCGGUUGCUCCACUUGAAAGGUAUACUGGAACACAAACUAAGUAAUGAUCAAGCAGUGGCAGAACUCUUCAAUCAGUUGGGCAGUCAGAUACACUUUUAUUGGGAAACGGACUACCUUAAAAAUCAUAUAGCGAAAGUAAUUGAGGGUGUUAAUGAGUUCUAUGAAUUCAAAUGGCACAAAUGGCUUGCUGGCUUGAGGCGAGACUAUCUUGGCAACCCAUGGUCUAUAAUUUCAGUGUUUGCAGCAGUCAUCCUUCUCCUCCUGACCAUCGAGCAAGCAGUAUUUGCUGCUUUGUCCUAUGUUAAAUCUUAAUAGGUAUUAUUAGACCUCUCUCCCGUGCAAGCAUGGAUCAGGACAUAGAUAUAAUGGAAGGGUGAGUGGAUGAAUAGGAUUCCCUCCAAACAUGGAUAUCGGAGAAUUUGUUAUUUAUCUGCGGAGAAUAGAAACUUGAUGAUUA